UAGGCCAUGUGCAGCCUCUCACUGCUUAAGACCUUAUUUUAAUGUACAUACCUAGGCAGUUAGCACAGUCACCAGGCUCACUCGUAGUACAUCAAAUCUGUUGGGGGUCAUGUUAGAAGUGGUGUGCAGAGAGCCAAUAGUCCGAGACGCGUUUCCCAACGUUUGGAAGGGCCUGGUAUGGCUCCAGAGCACGCAGGCGUCACGCUAUCGGAGACUUGACGUUAGAAAGUCGGGUCAGAACCGGAGUCGAGAGGGAAGGCCUGGGAACCUGAUCAAGGCUGAGAGGGCCGACUCGCCAAGGCUUCAUGAGGCAUCUACUCUCGUGCAGGACAUCGUGCUGGAUGUCAGUAGUCACCGUCAUUGGCCGGGAGACCACGAGGCACAGAUGGUCAGACCGUCCGGGCCUAGGAUGUAUCACAACAAACGAGGGCUCCCGGGGCUAUUGCCCAGUCACUGCGGAGCAGGGCGUGUGGGAAUAGCCUCGCCAAACAUCGACGGCAUUUCCAAGCCCACUGUCACAUCAAAAAUCAAGGAAACUCCAAGGCGAAAGAGAACAUUACCGUCAUAACCAAGCAAGAAUAUGUACAACAGGACAUAUGUACAGAGGGUAUCGGA